CAAAUUUCCUCUUGUGUUUUAAAAAGGGAGGUACAGGUGUACCACACUUCUAAUAUAAAAUUUCAAUUUGAUCAGCUGUUCAAUACUAAUUAUAAACUAACAACCAAUCAGUUGAUAGAAUAUUGAGAUAGUAUAAUAUUCUAAUAAAAGGUUACUGUAGUAAAUUUACUCUAGAACGCAGCAAGAAACAUCGAGUGUUACGUGUUUUAUCAAAAAUUCUUAUUAUAUAUUUGAGUAAUGCUUUUAUGCAUUCGUUUGCUAUGCAUUGAAAGCAGUAUCUUUCCGAACACAACCUGGCUGUACGAUUCAAAAUUAACAAACUUUGAACUUUUCAACAAGGAAGUGUUAUUCUUUUUCCUGCUUUUCUUAGUAACAAAUGUAAAUAAGGUGUAAAAAAUUGACCUUAUUGCUGACUCAGCGUAUCGAGGACUGAAUUUUAUUCAUGUGGACGCUUCUUAUGUUAAGGUAACCGCGAUACGAAACAAUCGAUCCACAGCGUGUCAUAAAAAUAGUGAAAUAAGAACUAUAAUAUACUCGAUGUUUAUACGUGUUAUUCGAGAAAGACGAUAUUCACGUUGAUCAGUCGAUUCGAAUAGUAUUUUCGAACUAAUCUCUACGUUUGAUCAACGAUAGACUGGGUUCUGUUCAAAAAUAUCAAAUUGUCUAAAUACGUAUCGCCUGCCACGCAGCUGUAUACAACAUAAUGCAUCGAUAUGAUGUCCAUGUUAUUGUUAAAUUAUUGUUUUUCGACUGGAGUAACUUCGACAGUACAUUUUAAAAAGAAAAGGAAUCGCUUGCCGACACGAGUGCGAUGAGUUACAUGUGCGAAUGUCAAAAACGAUCUCAUCAUGUAGUUUCACGGACAGCUGGAGGAGAUGUUUGGUAUAUUCAAAAUUCUAUUCAGUUUAGUGAAAUUCGAUGUUUUUGAUUGGACAUCAGUGUUUAUUUUGAAAAGAAUUGUAUCAAGCAACAAGCAUUAAAAUGUCUACAUUAAAACUGAGUAUGCAAGACAAAAAGGACUUGGACAAGUUCACCAAAUUUUUGGCAUUGAAAGCAGCUCAAAUUAUAGUGCAAUCGAGGUCAGGUGAAAAGGUCAGCACAAAGUGCAAGCCAAAUUCAUCUGGAACUGAUUGGUUCAACCUAGCUAUUCAUGAUCUACCAGAAGUUUUGGCAGAGGCUAAAAGGGCACUAUGUGGAGAAAUAAUAAAUUCAACUAUACCUCUUUGCAUUGAAAUUUCUCUGAGAACCGUUGAGGGUGACACAAUGGUUUUGGAAACAUGGAGUCUUGGUGUUCUACCAGAACACAGUGAUCCUACUGUGAGAGUAACAUACACGAUAUAUAACAGAAUGGGUAUUUUAUUGAAAUCAUUGUUGUCCGUAUCAAGAAUUACCCCAGCUUAUAAAUUGAGUAGGAGGCAAAGUCCAGAUUCCUAUGUUAUUUGUUAUAGAAUUUAUAUGGGAGAACCUCAGUUACAUACAUUAGGCGAUAAUUACAAACAUGUGAGAGUAGGUCAGUUGUGUACACCUGUGGGUACAAUUCAUUUAUCAGUAUCAUAUAGAACAAAAAUGACUAUAUCUCCUACUCAUACUGGCCGUGAUUCGAUAAUGUUAAAGAGCGAUCAUUUUCAUUCUGAUUUAAGUCCUCGUCAUGCAAGAUAUCAACAAAGUGAAGAAACAUCAAAAUCGCUUAGUGAUACUAUUAAAGUUGGAGCCUUUGUAGUAAAUAAGCCUGUUACUGUUAAUGAAGAGGAUUUUGUUAUACCAGAUGUACCUUUUAGUUCAUUGCUAACUCCUAGACAAACGUCACCUCCUCCAGCUUCUGUAGCUGAGACUACAACUACAAAGACUGCAGUAACGGCAACUAUAACAGAUAGCAGUAAUGGAAAUAAUGAAAGACUUACAAAUGAUAAUACAACGUCGAAAUGCAACUCUCAAAAUGGGUCAAGAAGAAGCAGUUGCUCAAUGACCAGUGCCAACGACGAUUUUAUUAUGGUAGAUUUGAAAACUCCUUUUGCCGUGACAAACACCAACAGCGAUUUAGGAGCAUUCUAUCGCGAAUGUCAGAGCGCACCGCAACUUCAAGCUUUUAUGGAGGAAAGGACACUUGCAGAGCAAGUAGGAGACCUUACCAAACAGCUGGAAACAUUUGAAACAAAUAUGCGGCGGUAUGAGGAUAUUCUGUCGUCAUUAUGUCAAAGUGAAAAUAAUAACUAAUGUCAAAAUCAAACAAUGCAAUGUUAGGUGCUUGAAUGAGAAAUGUUAAUAUAUAUACAAGCUGCGUAUAGUAUUUCACCAUAAAUUUAUGCGAUUUUCAUCACAUACAUUACAAUAUUUGGACAGCAUUUCAAUAAAAUUUUUAGCCAAGUG